UGCUGUGAGUUUGACAGUCGGUGAAUGGAUGCUUCGCUCGCCUUCAGAUGCCCCGCGUUGAUCUUCACGGACACGGACACGCGUUCCAGCUGAGACGUGUGUGUUCGACUGAAUGAUGUGAGGGGCAAACAGAUUUUUCAGCUCUCCUCUCAGGGAAAGUCUUCUUCAGCCAUUCUUCAACCACAGAACUGCCAAACGUUUUUGUUCCAUAUCUUUCCUUUCAUUCUACCCAUUAUUUCUUUCAUGAUGAAGGGCCUGGCCAGCAGUCGGAGUCACCAUCAUAUGAUCGCAUAUGACCCGUCAUAUGAUCCAGUGGGGCACCACAUUGACCACAAGCCAUAUUUAAUCAGUCAGGUGGACAUUGUACAGCCAGCUGAGCUGCCAUACUACAAUGCUCAGCAUACAUCGUACCCCUGUGACAGCAACAAUAUCGUGCCAUACGGAACCUUCCCCAGGAGGUGCCACUCCACCUCCUCAACUCACCAUCCUGAGGUAAAGGAUGAGUCUAUGGCCAUGGUACCAUAUGUAGGGGGAGCAGGAGGAGGCUAUGGAGGUAAAACACCUACCCGGGUACCAGCAAACUUUGGAGACUCAUUUGAGCAGCAACAGUCAUUUUCCAGGGAUGGCUAUCAUACUCUGCAAUACAAACGUGGAAUGGUGGCCCACAGUGGAGGUAUAGAGACCAACAACAAUGACAGUCCAGGGAGGAUUCGCCAUCUAGUCCACUCAGUUCAGAAACUCUUCACAAAGUCACAUUCAUUGGAAGGGCCACACCACACACAGACUUCCAAGGGGCCCAACAAUGGGAGUGUUAAUGGUGGAAGCGGCGGUGGAGGAGGUGGUGUUAGUGGCUCGAGGGCCAGCCCAGAAGGUGAAACUCCACCAGUGGGAGUACGCAAUCGAAAACGCAGCAAGAGCCGUGAACGCUGUCGAUCGGCAGAGCCCAAACAUCGUAGCCACCACCACCACCAUCACCAGCUCCAUGGCUCAGCAUCAGCACCAGGCUCUGGGUAUUGGAGCUCUGAUGACAACUUAGAACGGGAGUUGUGUCUCUACACCCCCCACCACCAUCAACCUCCACCCUCGCCCUCACCUUCCAUUUCCCUCUCACCAGUUCCCAUGACAAUGAGCCGGUAUCCAAGCAGCAACCCUGAGAAGUUCCCUCAGACUCCCCUCCCAAGUCUCUCCUCCUCACAGGCCCAUCAGUACUUCAUGAUGGAUCCUUAUGGCACAAUCAGCGAGCAUGCACACGCUCAUACACACCAUGUCCACACACACCACCAUCAACCACUCAAAGUCUCUCGGAGCAGCAACGAUGUCAAGUUUUCAGCUUCACCUUCAUGCAUUCCAGUUAGCGGUAGCAGCAAUAACAGCCCUGGUGUUGGAGGAGGUGGCGGUCCCUUGUUGCCACUAGGUCUGGUGGACGGGUUCCUGGUGAAGAAAGGGACAUGCUCGUCAAGCUUAACGGUUCCUCAGGAUGAGUGGAGCUCCUUCUCUCCACUGGGAAAAGAAGAUGACAUCCCCUGUCGAAGAAUGAGAAGUGGCAGCUAUGUGAAAGCCAUGGCUGAAGAUGACAGCGGAGACUCAGAUGGGAGUCCCAAACCUUCCCCGAAGGUGCAGGCACGUCGAGCCAGCUACCUGAAAGCUACCCAGCCUUCGCUGACCGAGAUGACCACUUUACAGAUUUCCACAGAGCAUUCCCCUAAACUGCAGAUCAGGAGCCACAGUUACCUCCGAGCUGUGAGUGAGGUUUCAAUUAAUAGAAGUCUGGACACUCUGGAUCCCAAAACUUUCCUGGACCCCAAAAUGCUGCUGUCCUCACCCCAAUAUCGCUCACGCAAUGAAAGCUACAUGAGGGCCAUGAGUACCAUCAGCCAGGUUGGUUGCCAACGCUGCUCUUUCAGUGUGAGUGGGAUUAUGGCCACCAUUUUUUUAAACCACACCCACAAAAAGGGGAGUGGCCACACUGUUGAUCUAGAGCAUCACAUGUUGGAGGCGCAGGUAGUUCUGGCAGAGCUGAAGCAAUCUGUGGUUUGUCAAAUUAACCAGGAUGCAUACAUGGAAGAGGAAGGACCCCGCGGUGACAUGACCCUCCAAUCACGUCUCAGUAACUCAAGUGAAAGCAUUGACAGCAUGAAGGCCUUGACAGCUGCUAUUGAAGCGGCUAAUGCACAGGUCCAUGGUCCAGCCAGUCAGCAUGUCAGUAACAGCACCAUCACCCCAUCAGUCCACAGCCGGGGUCCAGUACCAGACAGCCACAGGAAAGAAGCGCUCAGGAAAAGCAAGUGUCUCUCCAUUGGCAUUCAGGUGGAUGGACCAGAGGAGAUUCAUGACCCAGAUGAUCCCUCUAAGUUCACAUCUGUUGGGGUGCAAGUUGAGGACAACAGAGGGUAUCGUCGCUUCCAGCGCUCAAACAGUGUGACAGCAGCUGUACAGGCAGAUUUGGACAUGCCAGACCUGCUGGACACGCCUCUAGGAUCCCCGGAGACUGAUAUGGAUAUCAUGUCACCUGGUGUCCUGUCUCGGCGUUAUUCCCGUGAUGGGGGUGCCUCCACAGUCAGCAUCCAGGGCUCAGGGAAUCAUUACCAUGCCUGUGCCUCAGAUGAAUAUGAGGAUGUUGGCUUUGACCCAUCAAUCCUUCCCCCUCCAGAUCCAUGGAUAGACAGCGUGACCGAUGACCCUCUUGACAUCUGCUUUGACAGCUCUGCUCUUUUGGAGGCUGUGCAGCGCUCGGUGUGCCAGAGAGAUGGACGCUGGUUUCUGAAGCUGCUCCAUGCUGAGACAGACCGCAUGGAGGGAUGGUGUCGGCAAAUGGAGAUGGACCAGAGGGAAAAUGACCUACCUGAAGACAUUCUCGGAAAGAUCAGAAGUGCUGUUGGAAGUGCUCAGCUUCUAAUGUCCCAAAAGUUCCAACAGUUCAAGGAGCUGUGUGAGGAAAAUCUGAACCCCAACGCCCACCCUCGGCCUGUGGCUUCUGAUCUGGCUGGUUUUUGGGACAUGCUUCAGCUGUCCAUAGAAAACAUCAGCUUGAAGUUCGACGAGCUUCACCAGCUCAGGGCCAAUGGCUGGAGACCGCUGGACCCCCCCGACAGAAAGGAGAGACGCCUCCCUCCUCAAGUGCCAAAAAAGCCACCUAAAGGCCCCCAUCAUCACCCACCUCUGGCCAGAGAGCAUUCCCUGGAGAGCUCAGAGAAACAGCGGCAGGAAGCCAGGAAGCGCCUGAUCGCCGCCAAGCGCGCUGCAUCUGUUCGACAGAACUCAGCAACUGAGAGCGCCGACAGCAUCGAGAUCUACAUCCCAGAAGCUCAGACAAGGUUAUGAGGGCAUAAGGACGUGUAUACACACACAAACACACUUGGCGUAGGCCCUUCGGUGUCGGCAGCAGCAGACCAUGACCUGUAAGAUUUGUCCAAACCUGGAACCAGUCCGUCAUGUAGAUGUCAAGUCAGGAAUGCGUGCGGGUGCAGUGUGAGUUUCAGUCCUCAUUUGCUCUGCAACCAUGCACCCAUUUGAAUGUCCACACUGCCAAUCUGGAGAGUUUGAUCCAAAACUCAAGGUUUAUGUGUCCCACCGUCUGGUGACGUGUGAAGUGAGUCUGUCUGUAUUCUCUGCUGAAGUGUAAAUAUUUAGAUUAUUAACUCUCAAACAUCACCGACAUCCCAAAUAUAGUCAGAACUCUCACACUAUCAAACACGAGCACUUUUAAUCCAUUCUGGCCACAGCUCCACCAAGUUCCGCAACUUUUCCUAUUCCAACAUUUCCACAGAUGGAAUCACAUCAAUUUGAGCUCAUUGAACAGAGUGUCAGCUUUAAUUUGAUGGUAAUUGCACUCAGAUAAGUGUCGGAACUACAGCACAUUUUAUGUUUGGUCCCCAUUUUUCAUGGGUCCAUAACUCAUUUGACAAGUAUCAGUUGAGCUGUUUUCUGUCCAGGUGUGUGUUAUUCCACCAUUAUUUCAUUCAUAAGUUAGCACACAAGAGUUUAGUUUGAGUGUUACAUUUGGAUUAUGGUGCUGUUUAAAUGUGUAAAGUCCAAAGACCCAUUUACUUUAACUUCUAUUUCAAUGCAGACUGUAUGAACCCAAGAUAUUCCAUGUUUUAUGUGGUCAGCUUCAUUUCAUUUGUUCUUAAGAAUCCACUCCUGCAUUUAAAUCCUGCAGCACUUUCCAAAAACAUUGAGACAGGGCAAUUGAGGGCUAGUAAUGAGAUUAUAAAAAAUAGAUCAUGAUGUUAUUUCAAAGAGGUUGUUAUCAUGAUUUUGCACAAA